UUUAAGACCUCAUCCCGCCCCUUUAAAGCUCCACUUCGCAGUGUUGUCACAUCGCGACCCUCCGCCGCUGAUUCACACAUUUUUUCCACUUUUUCUGUGAUGACCGCAAAAUGUGAAGAGGAGCCUUCUCAGCGCUGUGCAUUACCGGAUUGUAGGUUUAGCUUUUAUCAUAAUAUUCCUUAGUUGAUUGUCGCGAUGCCCGGUGCAAACUUGCGCUGGCUCCUCGCCGCCCCGCCGCUCCUCCUGCUCCUGACCUGCUGCGAUCCUGCCCGGGGAUAUUUUGCGGAGGAGCGCUGGAGCCCCGAGUCCCCGCUCCUGGCUCCCCGGGUCCUCCUCGCCCUCAUCUGCCGGAACUCGGAGCACUCUCUGCCCUACUUCCUCGGCACCAUCGAGCGCCUCAACUAUCCCAAGGACCGGAUGGCUCUGUGGGUAGCGACGGAUCAUAACGAGGACAACACCACAGCCAUCCUGCGUGACUGGCUUGUCAAGGUGCAGAAUCUUUACCAUAAUGUGGAAUGGAGGCCGAAAGAGAAACCCAGUCGUUACGCUGAUGAAGAUGGUCCAAAACAAUGGACGGACCUCCGUUAUGAACACGUCAUGAAGCUCCGGCAAGUGGCGCUGGAGUCAGCUCGUGAGAUGUGGGCAGACUUCUUUAUGUUGGUGGACUGCGAUAACCUCCUCACCAAUCCCGACAUGCUCUGGAAGCUCAUGAAAGAGAACAAGACCAUCAUCGCUCCAAUGCUGGAAUCCCGUGCAGCCUAUUCAAACUUCUGGUGUGGCAUGACUUCACAGGGUUACUAUAAGCGCACGCCUGCCUACAUACCCAUGAGGAAGCAGGUGCGUAAGGGCUGCUUCGCCGUACCCAUGGUCCACUCCACCUUCCUGAUAGACCUCAGGAAAGAGGCGUCCACACAGCUGGCCUUUCACCCACCACACCCAGAAUACAACUGGGCUUUUGAUGAUAUAAUCGUGUUUGCCUUCUCUGCUCGGAUGGCAGAUGUUCAAAUGUUUGUUUGCAACAGAGAGACCUACGGAUACUUCCCUGUGCCCCUUCGAUCCCAUAACACUUUGCGAGAUGAAGCCGACAGCUUCAUGCACUCUGUCCUGGAGGUGAAUGUGCGAAAUUCCCCAGUGAUGCCUUCCAAAUACAUACGUGUUCCUAGAAAACAGCCUGACAAACUGGGAUUUGACGAGGUGUUCAUGAUAAACCUAGAGAGGCGAACUGACCGUCGGGACCGCAUGAUGAGGACACUGUACGAGCAGGAGAUCGCUUGCAAGGUCAUUGCAGCUGUAGAUGGAAAGGCGAUGAAUAUCAGUGAAAUUAAUGCUAUGGGCAUCCACAUGCUCCCUGGAUACAGUGACCCUUAUCACGGGCGUCCACUCACAAAAGGAGAGCUGGGAUGUUUCCUUUCCCAUCAUAAAAUCUGGAAAGAGAUCGUGGAGCGACGCUUACACACCUCUCUGGUGAUUGAAGACGACCUGCGCUUCGAAAUCUUCUUCAAACGUCGCUUAAUGAACUUGAUGAGCGAGGUGAAGGAUGAAGGACUGGACUGGGAUCUCAUUUAUAUCGGUCGUAAGAGAAUGCAAGUGGAUCACCAAGAGAAAGCGGUGCCUAAUAUUCACAACCUAGUGGAAGCAGACUAUUCAUAUUGGACACUAGGUUAUAUGAUAUCGUUACAAGGUGCAGAGAAGCUUUUGAAUGCAGAACCUCUAAAGAGGAUUUUGCCAGUGGAUGAGUUUCUCCCUAUCAUGUUCAAUAAACACCCUGUGUCUGAUUAUAUGGAACAGUUUGAAACCAGGGACCUGAAGGCAUUUUCCGCAGAGCCUCUCCUAGUGUAUCCGACGCACUACACGGGCGACACAGGCUACAUCAGCGACACGGAGACCUCCACAGUGUGGGACAACGACAAGGUCCGCACAGACUGGGACAGGGCGCGCUCAGGAAAAACCCGGGAGCAGGCUGAGAUCAGCACCAAGGCCCAGAACUCAGAUGUGCUCCAGUCUCCUUUGGACAGUGCAGCACGGGACGAGCUAUGAGAGGAGCUGAAUGACACCCUUGGAAAAAUUCAGAGGUGCAUCCUUACCACCUUAGUUUUUUAAAACACGUUUGAUCUUAUGAUUCUUUCGAUUUCGCAUCCCAGCUGGGAUGUGACUUCAGAGUUUGUAGAAAGAUUUUAUUUAUCCAGAUCGGACAGAGGGGUCACAUGUGUCUUAUGUUUCCUAUGUCGCCUGUUUGUAUUUUCUUUUUUUCUUUCUUUUUUUUGUAAAGGAGCUAGACUUGCCGUUUGGAAUGGCAUUUGCAGUACCCUGCUUCUGUCUGUCAUACAGAAAUGAACCUAUAUAUUAGAAAAUAAUGCAAUUGGACUGGUACAUUUCAGUCAUUGGGCAGGUAAUGUUGUCCUCAUUUGACGUUACACUGUGAAAUGCAUAAACAAAAGAAUCGGGCAUGAACUGUACUGUGUGUCACUGAGCAAAACCAAAACUUCACGGAAGCAUUUGUGUCGUAAAUCAACCAAUAACUUUUUGAAUUCACUGAUUUUUGCUGUAAGAAGUCCAGGAGAAGAAACAUCUGCAUGUCUUUGUUUUAAACGUUAGGGUUUUUAUUCUCUUUGCAGUAUAAAUUUCAUAUUGUUGUAUUAACCAACAAUUGACAUGUUUGCAGCAGCUGUUUACCAAAGCAACAAAUCACACAAGCAACAGUUGUCAUCAACUCAGUACCAUAGAUUUCCCUCAGCUCCUGUAAAAUGCCAAUUUUGCCUUUUUCCCUCAAUGCUGAUUUUGGAUUGUUAGCAGGCUAAUGCUACCAACCAGCUGUUGACAUGGGUAUCAGAGAGACGAGCCACCUUACAAACCCCAGACUUGAUGGGUUGAGAUUGCCUCAGAGAGAACCCACCCGAGCAACAUCCAAAUACACAUCAGCAUCUCCACCAUCGUUCUCAGUUUAAUCUAAGUUUGAGCAUUUUGCGUGAGCAGGACUUGAUCAAAAUAAGCUUUUACAUAUUUGCUCCAUCCUGGUUUCUGGCUUUACACGGCAAUACUUGAUCUGUCAACAAGUGGAUUUCUGUAAGGUAUUAAUGGCAGAUGCUCAUCCACUGUUUUUGCACAGAAAUUUUGGUGGUGCUUUGUGCCAAUUAAAAUAAAAUGUUUUAUUUUUAAAAGAGGUGCAAUCCUUUAUUACUCUUAUAUAUAUGGAAGAGUACUAGGGCCAAGAAUGAGUGGAGAAAAAAAAGAGAGGAGGAAGAUUUUUUCAUUUUGCAUUUUGAGAAUAAAAUGUUGAGGAUGAAGUCAAACUAUCAAGAAUCAAAUCAAUCAUUAAUCCCAGUUAGAGGAGUGACUGACAGCUGUGCAAGCUGCCAGAGCUUUACACCCUUUGAAUGUAUGAGUAUAGGAUGGUGCUAUCGAUAUCCUUGCAUUUGUCUUUUAGCAGCCGUCUCAGUUUUCGUGAUUGUGGCCACCUUUUCCAAGCUUGUGUGGUUUCUCCUGAACAGAUGUAGUUUUCAGUACAAUGUCUUCAAAGUCCUAUAUUACUGAUCACCACACUGUGUUUAUGCAAUAAAAGAUAAAGAAUUUCCUUGUUCCUAAAAA